AAAAUGUGUGUGAUAAUAUCAUUGGGACAUUAUUAGAUAUUGAAGGAAAAACAAAAGAUAAUUUGAAUGCUCGUCAUGAUUUGAAGGAAAUGGGUAUAAGAAGUGAGUUGCAUCCAACUCAAAGGGAUGGAAGAUUGUGUUAUCCGGCAGCAUGCUAUUCUUUAUCAGCAGAUGAGAAGUCUAAAGUAUGCAAAUUCUUGAAAAUGAUUAAGGUUCCAAAUGGUUAUUCUUCUAAUAUAUCACGGUGGGUGAAGUCAGAAGAUCGUAAAAUUUAUGGACUGAAGAGUCAUGAUUCUCAUAUUCUGUUGGAACAAUUGCUUCCUCUUGCAAUUCGCGGAGUCGUGCCAAAUAAUGUAUAUGAUGCUAUCACUGAGUUAAGUAUUUUCUUCAGAGAAUUGUGCUCGAAAACAUUAAGAGUUGAUGUGUUGGACCAACUUGCAACUCAAAUUCCGAUAACAUUGAGCAAAUUAGAGAAAAUAUUUCUACCGGCAUUUUUUGAUGUUAUGGUACACUUAGUCAUUCAUCUUCCAAGAGAGGCUAAACUUGGUGGACCUGUACAAUAUAGGUGGAUGUACCCAAUUGAGCGAUUUUUACGCACAUUGAAAUGUUAUGUUCGUAAUAGAAAUCAACCUAAAGGAUCUAUUGCAGAAGGGUAUAUUGUUGAAGAAAGUAUAAUAUUUUGUUCAAGGUACUUACCUGGAAAUGUGAAAGGAUAUGAUCGAAUGGAUAAGAAUUAUGAAGAUGAUCAUAUUAAGACAUAUAGUGGAUUAUCCGUAUCUGAAAGAAAAGGUUCUCCUUUAUUAAGAGAUGCAUCUAGAAAUCUUGAAGAGUUAGAGAGAAAACAAGCUCAUCUUUAUGUCUUGAGAAAUUGUGAAGAAGUGCAACCAUUUUUACGUGAGUAUGAACAGAGUAAUAAAAGCAUGAACUUUGAUGAUUGGUUUUUUCAUCGGAUUGUACAAAUGCGCAAAGAAAAAAAUGAACUCGCAACCUGUGAAUUGUAUUCUUUGGCUAGAGGCCCUUUUGAUGGUGUUCAAAGAUUCAAGGGGUAUGAAAUAAAUGGGUUUAGAUUUCAUACUAAACUACUUGAGGAAACGAGGAAGACCCAAAAUAGUGGUGUUUUAGUAAGAGGAGAAGCGAAUGGUAAGAAUAUUAAUUACUAUGGUGUUUUGACUGAAAUAAUAGAACUUCAAUAUUUUGAAGGUAAACGGGUUGUUUUGUUUAAAUGUGAUUGGUGGGAUGUUGAUCACAUCGGAAUAGGAGUGAAAAUAGAUAAACAUGAUUUUGUUAGUGUUAACACUAAGCGAAAACUAGUAACAAAUGAACCAUUUGUGCUUGCAUCUCAAGCAGAACAAGUUUUUUAUGUGAAGGACCAUCUUCAUCCCAGUUGGUCAAUUGUUUUGAAUGGUCAUUCUACCUAUUUUACCGGAGGUGCUAUUGAUGAAGAUACUUUUCAACAAGAUGCUUGUAAUGAGUUAUUGCAUAUAUGUGAGGAUGAUGAAGACAUUAUGAAUUGGAAAAGAAAUUAUCUUGAUGUUAUUCGUACUGAUGUUACCUUGGCUCAUGAUAUUAUUGAAGUCAGUGAAUCAGAACCAGAAACUGAUGAUGAAGAUUUGUUAUUAUAGAUAGUUUGAACUCUUAUUUCCAUAUUGCUUAUAUUCAAUUAAGGUUAACAAUUUUAUUUACUUAUUCCUGAGAGAUGGAUCUUUAUUUUAUUGAGUUACUCUUAUUGGAUACAAAUCAAUAUUCAGUAGUAUUGAGUUGAUAA